AUGGCUGACGAUGGUAUGAUCUUGAAUUUUCAGCUUGGCUCAGCGCCGCUGAAGCCACAAACAACCAAAUUUACGGGUGGGCGCUGGAGGGAUAGGAAGCGGGCAGAAAAGUCAGCCAAACUUGCGGGUUCGCAGUCCAAAACCCCCAGGGACGAGGGAGAUGCAGAGGCUUCAGAGAGAGCUCCCAAAAGAUACAAGACCAACGAUAAUGGUGAGUCCUCGGGCUGGAAGCCGGGCAACCAGUCGCAGAGCAGCCUAGGUCCGAAAAAGCCUUCAACAAACGAUAAUGCUGGUGGCCGUUCCAGUCAUCGCGGCCAGUCCGAUGGCCACAAAGGGUCACGCCAGGUUAUCUCUCGCCUUUUCAGUUUCAACCCAGAACAGAAAACUGUAGCGGAAAAGGAGGAAUCGGAAUGGGAGGCACCCGAAGCAACCAACGCCCCCCUGAGUGACGUUGCAAACUUCGGAACUCUGGCAUUGGCCUCUCGAUUAGUGGAUGAGCUUUCCAAGAUGAACUUGGAGCGACCAACAGCAAUUCAGAACAAGGUGAUCCCGCAUUUGAUAUCCAACAGCGGCGAUGCUUUUGUACAAGCAGAAACAGGUUCAGGAAAGACCUUUUCGUAUCUGCUCCCCAUUCUUCACCGGGUAUUGCAGCUCAGCGGGAAGGGGGAUGGAAAGCAGAUUCAUCGGGACUCGGGACUUUUUGCCAUCAUUGUUGCGCCCACCCGAGAACUGGCAAGGCAGACACACUCUGUUUUGGAGCAGCUCAUCCGCCCAUUUCCGUGGCUGGUGUCGACUUCCAUUACUGGUGGUGAAUCCAAGAAGGCCGAGAAAGCAAGGAUACGGAAGGGUGUUAACUUUCUCGUCGCAACUCCGGGAAGACUGGCUGAUCACAUCGACAACACAAAGGCAUUGAACUUGGGCACGGUGAGAUGGUUGAUCCUGGACGAGGGUGAUCGCUUGAUGGAUCUCGGUUUUGAGGAAGAUCUCAAGAAAGCCAUCAACGCCCUCAAGAGAAUCAUUGUCGCUGAUAAGACAACCAACGGAACCCUCUUGGAUUCACUCCCGGACCGAAGAGUCACGGUACUAUGUUCUGCGACUAUGAAAAUGAAUGUUCAAAAGCUCGGAGAGAUGAGUCUGGCAGACGCGACAUUCCUUGCUGCUGAGAAAGAUGCCGAUCAAACAGCACCGACCGAUCAGGCCGUUCUCAAAGCACCAGCUCAACUGCAUCAGUCAUACAUCAUUGCCCCUGCCAAACUGCGGUUGGUUACGCUCAUAUCCUACCUUAAGCUUGCAUUUUCUCGGCGUGGACGUACUAUGAAAGCCAUUAUCUUUCACUCUUGCGCCGACUCCGUGGAUUUCCACUACGAGCUCUUGAGAGACCCAGCAAAAAAAGACCUGCCUGACACUUCAGCCAAAGAGGCGGAAGUGUUGGCGAGGACCGUGUCCAAAGCGGCGUAUAUCACAUCGCCGGCGAGUCCAGAGGUAAUUCUGCACAGGAUGCAUGGUUCCCUUUCACAACCUGUUCGAACUGCUACCAUCAAGUCUUUUGCUGCAUCGAAGCUGCCUUCGGUCCUGAUUACUACUGAUGUCUCAUCUCGUGGUCUUGAUAUCCCCUCAGUUGACCUGGUCAUUGAGUAUGAUCCCGCUUUCAGUUUCUCUGACCACAUCCACCGUGUUGGACGUACUGCUCGUGCUGGUCGAUCCGGAGAUGCCGCUUUGUUCCUUCUGCCUGGCACAGAGGAAGGUUAUAUCGAGCUCCUCAAGGCAUCUACUCCGCCCACAGCACAAUCGUGCGAGUCUGUUCUUGAGAAGGGCAUGCUGUCUAAGCUCGAGUUUCCGGUAGAAACAACAGCGAAACCUGAAGACGGGAAGACAUGCCAUGAAAAGGCCGAGACUCUCCAGCUUCACAUUGAGCAGAGGCUUCUCGUAGAUCCCAAACAGCUAGAACUGGCACGCAAUGGAUUCAAGUCUCAUAUUCGAGCAUACGCCACUCACAUCAAGGAGGAAAGAGUUCAUUUCGAUAUUAGCGAGUUACAUCUGGGGCACGUGGCAAAGAGUUUCGGAUUGAGAGACCCGCCUGGUGGUAUCGGAGCUGGCAUCGAGAGGAAGGCGAAAAAGAAGGGCGCCAAGGGUGGCAAGGUCAAACCUUCGACUGACGCGGAAGAAGACCAAUCAAGACCAGGACGCGACCGCUUCAAGGAAAAGAGCAUGUAUCUGAUGAAGGCAACGGCCGAUGAGUUCAAUAUUGGUUGA